AGGAAACACCUUCUGACAAGGACCGAGUUCAUUCACCUUUUAUAUCUGGAGAGGAGGGGUCGGUGGUCUGGAAGGCGGGCUGAGCGGUGCAGAAGGAGAUUCAUCCACAUGUCAGGACCUGAGAGCGCACGGUCAGAGCGCGCAGACGCUCGGAGAGGUGCUGCUGUCUGCGUCUGUACUUUAAAACUCGCCCCGUCCUCCAGAGAAACCGAUCUGUCUUUGAAGAGCAUGAACCCGGCGGUCCGAAAGACGGAUUUCACCUGAACCCACCGAGGAAGCAGGAAAAGAAGCAGCAUGGAGACGUUUACCAUCCAUGACAUGCUCAUCAACUCCACCGAACUGAACAAGAUUUUGUGCAGUAUUGGAGUCAAGAAUAUUUCAGAUUGUGACAGCGAACAGGGCCCGCCGCCCGAACCGAAAGACAUCAACCAGACCGUCCGGAUCAUCCUCUACAGCCUCAUCUUCCUCCUGAGCGUCCUGGGUAACAGCCUCAUCAUCGCCGUCCUGGUGAGGAACAAGCGCAUGAGGACCGUCACCAACCUGUUCCUGUUGUCCCUGGCCGUCAGCGACCUCAUGGUCUCCCUGGUGUGCAUCCCCUUCACCCUCAUCCCCAACCUCAUGAAGGACUUCAUCUUUGGCAUCAGCAUAUGCAAGCUGGUCAUGUACUUCAUGGGUGUCUCAGUGAGUGUUUCCACCUUCAACCUGGUGGCCAUCUCUCUGGAGCGCUACAGCGCCAUAUGCAACCCAUUGACUUCCAGGGCAUGGCAGACAAAAUCCCACGCUGCUAAGGUCAUCACUGCCACAUGGGUGGCAUCCUUAAUCCUGAUGCUGCCGUACCCCAUCUCCAGCACCCUGAAGUCCUUCACCCGCCUCGACAACAGCACAGGACACAUGUGCCGCCUGAUGUGGCCCAACAGUGUCAUCCAACAGUCCUGGUAUGUGUCUCUGCUGCUGCUCCUCUUCCUGAUCCCAGGCAUCGUCAUGAUGAUGGCCUAUGGGCUCAUCUCGUUGGAGCUCUAUCGAGGAAUCAAGUUUGAGCUGUCCAGCAGGAAAUCUAGCCGAGAAAGACAGCCGAGCACCGGCAGCAUCAAGCCAGGCGACAGCGAUGGCUGCUACUUACAGCCAUCUAAAAGGAAGAGCGUAACCUUGGGUGCAGGUAUCAGUCCCAACUCCACCAGCACAUUCUUGGUGGGUCGUGUGUGCAGCAACAGCUCUACAUCCAACCUAAUGGCCAAGAAGCGCGUCAUCCGCAUGCUCUUGGUCAUCGUCUUCCUCUUCUUCCUGUGCUGGACUCCAGUCUACGUGGUCAAUGCAUGGCAGGCCUUCGACCCACGCUCGGCCUACCGCUUGACGGGUGCCCCCAUCUCCUUCAUCCACCUGUUGUCCUACAUCUCAGCCUGCGUCAACCCCAUCAUUUACUGCUUCAUGAACAAGCGCUUCCGUCAGGGCAUGCUGGCCACCUUCACCUGCUGCCAGUGCACCAAGAGGGGCCUCGGUAGGAGCAGCAGCUCGGGGAGGUCAACUGGGACCAGGAUGACUAGAGGAGACAAGGCCCAAUCAAAAACAGGGACAAAGAGUCCUGAGCAUAAUGGCCAUACUCCUCCAAGUGGUGCCAGCACACAAUUUACAUACACCGGCAUCCGUGGAUCAGCCUGGAGCGAGCGGACGUAACCUGGACCUGUAGGCGUAGCGUUUGGAUACAUCAGGAGAACAUUUUGUAAAGCCCCCACGGUGCUUAAAGGACAUGUUUACUUCCAGUUCUGGUUUUUAUCUCUAUAACAUAACAGGGGUAGAUAAGGGAAGGACUUCUGAACAUUCAGUGCUCUCACAGCAGAGCUGGCCCAGGCCAGGCCCCACCCAUGGUCCUAGCGGGCCACCAUCCAGCAAGUUUUAUUUGUUCCUCAGCUCCAAAACACCUGAAUCAAUGAUUGAGUUAAGCCUGAUUCAUGCUUCUCCGUCAGCUCCAACAGAGAGAGACACGCACGCAUGGAUGGAGACAUUUUGCUCUCAUACUUCUCAGUCUCCUGGAGAGUGUUGCAAAGCAAUUCCCCGGCAGGACAACAGAGGGCGUAACGCUGUUCUGUGGUAACCUGUCAUGUAUCGGUCCAAGAUAGUGUUUUUAUAUUGUGUUUUUUUGUAAAUAAGAGACUUUUUAACACGGACAAAUUUGUCUCUCAUCCUCCUCCACCUCUCCAUGCGCUCGCCACCUCUAAACCCUCGUUUCCUGUCAUUUCCGUCCACAAAUAAAACGCUUGCCGCGCAUCUUUUCACUCCUCCAGUCACGGGGGAAUGAAACGUUCAUGUUUUUAGUUUUUUCACGAGGUAUUCUUCAAGCUUCUCCGUGUCUGCCACUAGUUAUUCUCGGCUCUCUUUUAGUUUUAGAGGGCGCAAUAGCAGCGACGACAGCGGUGCCCUGACCAAUCACACGCUUGCGUUCUCCGUCUCGACGGACGGAUGUUUAGAAAAGAGAGCUGGACACCGUACGUCCUUGCGGGGCUCUCCAGCAGGCCCGCAAGGACGGAUAAUGGCGUUGCGUGUCUCCGCACUGACGCAGACGCAUGAAUCUGGCUUUACCUGUUCAGCAGGUCCUCAAGCACUACAGAAGCUCAUUAAUCACACUCUUAUUAAAAUAAAGCACAGUAGGCAGGGACACUACUAAAACAUGCUGGAUAGAGGCCCUCGAGGACCAGGGCUGGAAACCCAUGCUCUAUAGGUUACCCUAUACCAGGAGCACUCAAUUCCGGGCCUGGAGGGCCGGUGUCCAUCAUGUUUUAGCGGUUUCUCUCCUCCAGCACACUAGAUUCAGUGGUUGAAUCACCUGUGCAGCAGCUCACCAGGCUCUGCAGAAGCCUGGUAAUCACCUCCUGACUGAACUCAGGAGUGUUGGAGCAGGGUAAAAACUAAAAUGUGCUGGAUACCGGCCCUCGAGGCCUGGAAUUGAAUAGCCCGGCCCUAUUCCAUUAGAAGAUACACCAGCGGUGACAUUUUAAAUGAUUAAUACAUCAAGACAAAUCCUCUUUGUUACAAAUUAAGGAGUUCCAGACCGAGCUUGGUGAUGGGCCCUGUUGAAUGACCUGACAUUCGGUCUAUGGGCCAACUUGGCAAAGACUUUAAAAACAUUCCAAAUACUUAACGACACCUACUGGCCAAAAAUGGGAGUCUUAUUUACAUCAUCACACCAGGCGCUUCUAAUUUUGGUAAACUCCCACGUCUUUCCUAGCAAACAUCUGCCUCUCUGAUAAUCUCCCCGCGGUAGCUUCAGAUCUCCAACCUCGUGUCCUUGGCCCCCUGCGCCAACGCAACAUCAGAACAUUUGGUGGGAAUUGUCGCACCUGCCGCUCCUCGUCAAACGGUGGACUCCUGCCAUCACCUAGGUGAUACUUACCAUUAAAUUUGAAAGCAUCAAUGUA